GGCGCUCGGUUAGAGUGCUGACGAAAUAUACGAACUUUCGAGAAAAACGGGAAGGGUAAACUCUGGUCUUUUGCACGAGGAGGUUACACAACGUGUGCAAGUGUGCUUGCCGGUAAGAGAUAUCAGACUAAAAGCAAGAAAUAAUCAAAGUAACAUGGCCGCCAGUGUUGCUGCUAAUGCCGUUAAGAGGCUCAUUCCCUUGUUUGAUAGAGUUUUGAUAAAAAGAGCAGAAGUCGUAACAAAAACGAAAGGAGGAAUCGUUCUUCCUGAAAAAGCGCAGGCUAAAGUAUUACAAGGAACUGUUGUGGCUAUAGGACCUGGCUCUCGAAAUAAUAAAGGUGAACACGUGCCUUUAAGUAUUAAGGUUGGUGAUACCGUGUUGCUGCCCGAAUAUGGUGGUACAAAAGUUGAACUUGAAGACAACAAGGAGUAUCAUUUAUUCCGUGAAUCCGAUAUUUUAGCGAAAUUAGAAGUUUGAAUCUCUACUAAAGUAUAGAGUAUAACACAACACAUUUUUGUAAGUUCUCAAUAAACAUCAUUUGAAAAAUCUUCAAGAAUAUAUGUAAAAUAAAUAUAAGUGAUGUGUGAAAGAAAA